UUUUAUGUACCAGAGCUGACAGCGUCUGAUGGCCAAUGGACAACGGUGCUGCAGCUCCAUCACUCCCGCCGACGCCACAACACUGGCGAUGAGGUCCAGUGUUUCGGUGGGCACCGGUAAAGCAUAUGCUAGCUGCCGCUUUUUGGGCCCAGGACCACAGCCUGACAACAGGGGAAAGAAGGGAAAAGAAGAAAAGGAAACGCAGCCGUAGCAGAUCAUCAUCUGUGUCGUCUUCCUCCUCCUCCUCCUCCUCCUCUUCUUCUUCCUCUUCAUCAUCAUCGUCACACUCGUCUUCCUCCUCUUCCCACUCAUCCUCAUCUUCCAGCAGUGGCAGCAGCACCAAUAGCAGAGAUUUUCCGAAAUGUAAAUCUAAGAAAUUACCUAAAGAAAAACACAACAAGAAGAAGAGAAAAAAAGACAACAAGAUAAAGAAAAAGAAAGAAAAGAAAAAGAAAGAAGAGGAAGACAAACCUGUACAGAUAUCCAAGUUUCUGAAAGAAAAAAAGAAGAAUAAAAACUACAGUAUGAUCACAGGGAAGAAGAUAAAAAUGAAAGUAAAGAAAAGCAAAGAAGACAAAGAGAGAGAUAGAAAUCGCGCUCAACUGCUGGAAUUCCUAAACUCUUCCAUGUGACUAAACGUCCAAUGCGGCCAUUUCUUUUUUGAUGUCGUUUUAUUUCAAAGCAGCAUCUUGCCAGCGUUUGUAUGUAUGUAUGUAUAUAUUUUUUUGUGUUCACAAAAAGAGAGAAUAAGCAUGGUGCACUGUGUGUAUACUUAGGUUGUCUAUUUCCCACAUAAUUAGCUACUAAAUUUAGUUAAAUUCCUGUUAAUGAACAAUGGCAACAUCUUGUGACCAAAUAAGGCAUGUCUGGGAUGAGCGUGCAAAUUGUUCUUAGUGGGCUCUCCAGUAUGUCUAAUAAUUCAUAUAGGUUUCAUUAUAUCAGCAGGGUAGUAUCCAGUUUAAAACUACAAUUUAGUAUUUCUCUUAUUUUAUUUUUUAUAAUGUUCUUUUUACUUUGUAGUGUAUAAUAUGGACACACCGUUGUAAUGAUCCUGCUAAACCUAAAAUAUAAGGUAUUUGGGGGGGUUUUGUUUCCGAAUAAAUGCAUAUGUUUGCAUCAACGUUCUGUAAAGUACAGCGAUUGUACCAAUUAAAUGGAGGAUGACUUUUAAAGAUA